CAGAUUUAAAGGCGGUAGAAGAUUUAAUGGUCUAUAAAAAGAGCCUUAAAGGUCGUAUGGUAGGAAUUCGUUGGAGCUAUUCAGAAAAUUCAAAUUUGAACGGAUUUUUAGUUUCGUUUGAUGUGAAUGCUUUUUCAAAUACGACAAACACUAUUAAUAUUUCACCUGAGAAAUGUACUGCAUGGCCAGAAUAUUACUGUCACACUUUUCAUAAUUUGACUUUUAAUAAAUUAUACAAGUUUAAUAUAAAGCCAACAUCUGUUGAUUAUCCCGAAGGUGAUAAUGUUUCAUCCAUUACUUUCAGCGCCCUUGAUGGAAUUCCCGAUUCACCGAGAAAUAUAAAAACCACUGAAAUCGGCCAUAAUACUAUAAAUCUCCAAUGGGAUAUUCCUUGGAUAUUCAAUGGUGUACUGAAAAUGUUUAUCGUAAAUGUCGAAGAAAUAUCAUCAGCAGAUAUCAACACGUGUUGUACUAGCAUCACACCAAUAGAAAUUCCAAUCGAUGAAGAAUUACCGAAUUACAACUAUACGUUGGUGGAUCUAAAACCAGGAUCAACAUAUUCAAUCGGAGUAAUGACGGUUUCUAAAUCAUCACAUUAUAGUUCUCCAGCAAAGAUUUCCGCUACAACACUUACCAUUUAGUUAUAAUAAAAUAUAAAUGUUUAUUAUAUAAGUGUGUGGUUCUACAUUUAUAUUAUAACAUUUAUGUUAUGAAUUAUCUUUGAUAUGCAGCACUUAAUCAUUGGAAUCGCAUAGUUUAUUUAUUAUCAUGCAAUAUAUAU